AGGAUACUAUAAAAAUUUGCUUCCCCCGUCUCCCAAAUCGGGCCCGUCCCCAUUCAAUCAACUAGCCCCCAAAAUUCCCAAAUCGAUCGAAACCGCAGCUUUUAAACCCAGAAAUUAGAGAACAAUGUCUGAUCGUUCGUAACCACCCGAUCUGCUCGCGCGCCGCCACUCCCGCGCGAAACCCUAAAGAAUGGGGGAGUCGGGCGCGGAAGGGCUGAUGCACCGGAGGAUAGAGUUCCACGCCGCCACGAAGCCCCGUGCGGCGGCGGCUGUGGACGUGCCUGGAGGGUUUCGGAUGGAGAGGCUCUUCGCGGGCGCUGAUAAGCGCGUGGCGGCGGCGGCGGCGGCAAGGAGUGAUGGGGAGGGCAGGAGGUUGGAGAAAUGGGAGAGUAGCGGGAGUGGAUUCGAUCCGGAGCUCAGCGCGGCGAGGAUCUACCUGCGGAGAAUUGGGGCUGGCUUGCACAACCUCGGCAAUACGUGCUACCUCAACUCGGUUCUGCAGUGCUUGACAUAUACGGAGCCGUUCGUGGCCUACUUGCAGAGCGGCAAGCACAAGUCCUCAUGUCGGACUGCUGGAUUCUGUGCAUUAUGUGCUCUUCAGAACCAUGUUAAGUGUGCUCUACAGUCAACUGGGAAGAUUUUGACACCAAUGCAGUUUAUCAAGAACUUAAGAUGCAUUUCACAUAGUUUUCACAAUUAUAGGCAGGAAGAUGCGCAUGAGCUAAUGGUCAACUUGCUUGAGUUGAUGCACAAAUGCUGUUUACCUUCUGGUAUACCAAGUGAGUCUCCAAGCGCUUAUGAGAAGAGUCUAGUUCACAGAAUAUUUGGUGGCCGCUUAAGAAGUCAGGUGAGAUGUACAAGGUGCUCACACUGUUCCAACAAAUUUGAUCCUUUCCUCGAUCUCAGUCUUGAAAUUGGCAAUGCCGCCACAUUGAUGAAAGCACUUGAAAAUUUUACCGAGGAGGAGCUAUUAGAUGGUGGGGAAAAACACUACAACUGCCAGCACUGCAAGCAGAAAGUUGUGGCCAAGAAAAGGUUUACUAUUGAUAAGGCUCCUUCUGUUUUGACGAUUCAUCUGAAGCGCUUUAGUCCUUUCAACCCUCUUCAAAAGAUUGACAAAAAGGUGGAUUUUCAAACAACGUUAAACUUGAAGCCAUUUGUCAGCAAUUCUGAAGGUAUGGAUCUCAAAUAUAGCCUUUAUGGUGUUUUGGUUCAUGCUGGUUGGAAUACACAGUCAGGUCAUUAUUAUUGCUUUGUUCGGACGUCCAGUGGGAUAUGGCACAAUCUUGAUGAUAACCAGGUCCGCCAAGUCCGUGAGGGAGAUGUACUGAGGCAGAAAGCAUACAUGCUAUUUUAUGUGCGUGACAGAGUAAGGAGCUCGGUUAUUCAUAGAGAUAAUGGCGUUUACAGUUUGCCAGAUAAGAAAAUGAUCCCUGAGAAGAUAGCAUUUAUGGAUGGUGCAAUUAGAAAUGGUUUAGUGGAAACAGCAUUGAAUGCUUGUUCAUUUACCAAUGAAGAUACAAAGUUGCAGAAGCAGAACCCAGAUAAUGGUCAUCCCAGCAAUUUUUGUAACGCUUUGCAAGACCAGUGUUCAAAUGCAUAUAGCAAAACUGAAGUUAUUGAAGCUUCAACAUCCCAAAACAAUGAGCCAGCUUCAGUGCAGCAAGCCCUUUGCCCUCAUCCAGAUGGUGCUGCUACCCUGUUCACCAAAACAAACCAAAUAACAUCAGAUAGUCAAAGGGAGCCUGAUGCUUGUAUUCUUCAUGAUGCAAGCUGUGAUCAGAAGACAUGUGAGAAGACAUUGCGGGACCUGCAACUGAAAUCUGAUGGUUCACUCACUGAUUCAGGCAAAGACAUAGCUGCUGUUUCCUUUCCAAUAUGCAAUGGCUCUGAUGGAUUAUUGGGGGCAAACAACCAGGCUACUGAACCUCAAACAGAUCCUUUUUGCAAACCAACUUCUGAUAGUGAUACAGUGACUAUUGCACAGAUCAUCCCAACUGAGGAUACUGCUGUUUCUAACGAAACAGUAUCAACCCAUGAAGAUUCUACCAGUGGUAAUGAAGCUAAAGAGACAGAGCCUAUUAAGCAACAUGAUGAGGUAGCUGUGGUGAAGGAGCGUUCUGUGAAAAUCAUUGAUGAGAAAGAAAAUGCAGAUGAACAGGCUUCUUUGCCGAACAAACUGGAGGAUGGGCAGGCUUUGGUGAAGAAACUCUCUGUGAUGGACACUGACCGUACGGCUGAUGCAGAGGAGCAGGCUUCUGUGCCAAACAAACUGGAGGAUGGGCAGGCUUUGGUGAAGGAACUCUCUGUGAUGGACACUGACCAUAUGGCUGAUGCAGAGGAGCAGGCUUCUGUGCUAAACAAUACACUGGAGGAUGGGCAGGCUUUGGUGAAGGAGCUCUCUGUGAUGGACACUGACCAUAUGGCUGGUGCGGAUGAGCAGAUCUCCGUGCAGAAUAAUUUACUGGACAUUGGACAGGUCAACUCUGAGAAUAAAAUCUCUGAAGACUCUGCACAGGUGGUUUGCUCUGAAGAUUGUGCACAGGCUAUGUGCUCUGAAGACUCUGUGCAGGUGCUAGAUAAAUAUCCAUGCCAUGGCAAUUUACAUAAAAACAUGAAAAUCAAAUCAAAGAAGCAUGUGAAGUAUCCAGUUGUCAACUUGUUUUUUGGAUCUAAACAACUGUUGUUGGCUUCACUAAAAGUGCGCAAGAAAAGGAAACAGAGGAGAACUAAAAAGCAGUCUAGAUCUUCUAUGGACAUUGAAAGCAUUGCCAAUGAUCAGCAGACAUCAACAUCAGAAACUGUUCUUACUAGCGGCAUAUCAUGUAAAUCCUAUAGACGGAAACGCUCACAUAACACUGCAAGUUCUGAAGAUGGUGCCCAGAUUUUUUACAAGAAACAAAAUCUUGGAGACUCCAUCAGUGCUGCUGACCGUACCAUGGACAAGAAAGACAGCAAGGAUGCAACGCUUGCUAGUGCUGAGCUAGCAAGCUCAUGCCCAAGCUCUGUGGCAAAUGCUGAUUCAGGAAAAUGUACAUAUACAAAUGAGAAUGUUUCCUGGCAUUUUAAUCUCCUCACAAGGGGUUUAAGAGAAAUCACUGUUCCACGAUGGGAUGAUAAUGACAUGCCAAAUACCACGGCAAAAGAGCUGCAAUAUUUGAGUUCCACCAGCAUUGGUUAUGUUUUAGAUGAAUGGAACGAGGAGUACGAUCGUGGAAGGAGGAAGGUCAGGAAAUCAAAGGGAGACUUCAGUGGGCCAAACCCUUUCCAAGAGACGGCAAGCAUCAGAUCACGGCCGAGGAUGAGACUAAAAGCUGACCAGGCCAGAUCUGGUAACCAGCCUCUCAGGAUAUGACACACUGGAGAAGCAGACUGUUGUAUCAUUCAGUUUUGAAAUCAGUUUUCCUUUUCUUUUUUUUUCGGAGUGUGUGUUAUCUAUGUGUUUGGACCGAUCACUGUACCUUAAUUAUUUGUUUUUUGUCGAUUAAUUAAUAGAGAAAUGAAGUGAAAACUCUUCUGUCGAA